UGUUGCCAUAUUGAAAUGAAAGAGUAGAUAUUUAAGCAGACGAUCUGUAUUCGGCACAACAAUGUAUAUUCAAGAAAAGAUGUUUGUUUGUCUUCUAUGUUCUCAUGUAGACGAGCAAAUCACAAUUAAGCAUGAGAAGCCAUGUAAUGGAAACACAUGUACCAGAAGAGUCAUUUUAUAAAAAAAGUAACACAUGUGUUGGUAAACAGGUCCCUUUUUCAGAAAACCAACAUGUCUGCCAAAUCUGUCUAAAGUCAUUUAAAGAAAAAUGGCAUCUGAAGAACCACUUGCGAUCUCAUGCCCCACGAAUGAAACAUACGAAAAAGCAUGCCUUGUGUCGUACAGAACAGUUCUUACACAGGGACAGUUUGCAACCUGUUCGUCGGAGUAGCAGAAGAGCAAAGAGUGCAUUGCAAAAUGAUGUGCAUGAAAAGGGUACAGCAGUGUGUGAACCUCUUCAGAAUACCGAUCUCCAGUCACCUAUCAGUAGUCAAGAUUCCUCUUUUAGCAGUGUGAACUGCUGGCCAAAGGUUGUUCUUUCUUCUCACUUGAAUCUUCUUUUGUGUCACACCUUUAGAGUGCACGCCAAAGUAUAAAAUAUUCGAAAUGCAACAGUAUUCCCGAUACUGGUGAUCGAUGUUACAAAAUGAUUAGUGUGCAUGUGCAGUUUACGCUUGCCAAUGUGUCUUGUAUCUUUAAAAUAAAUGUGGGUGCUACCAA